AGUGGAACUCUUUGUUGUGGAGGAAGAAAUACAAUAUUGACAACAUCAACACAACUGGAUAUUGAUGCUUGUUCCAAUUAUUUUUUUCCUAUUUAAAGUGUCGAAUUUAUCACGAUGUUGUAAAAAAAAUACAGAGAUGAUGGCCGAACCACUUGAUGACUGGACAUUGGUGUGCCCACUGUCAGAUGUAACAGACACAAACAGAAAGAGGGUCAAAAUGGAUGACAGAGAUAUUAUCAUCAUUAAGACAAAUACAAACCUGUAUGCCUUGGAUAGUUUCUGCUACCAUGCUGGAGGACCUCUGUAUAUUGGGGAUAUAGAGGACUUUGGAGGGAAGACUUGCAUUGUUUGUCCAUGGCAUAAAUACAAAGUAGCCAUUGAUCGUGGAGAAAUGGUGUACCAGUCCUGCGACCCCCAUAACCCUAGUAAACCUGUGGUAUGGAAAAGCAGCGGUAUCAAACAAAGAACACAUGCUGUCAAAGUCAAAGAUGGGAAUGUGUAUGUUAGGUUCACAGAAUGUACAGGCAAGGUACCAUCUGACCAGUACAACAAUAAGGAAUACAGAGAGAGACUGGGGUUGUCAUGACAACCAUCAACAGCCAGUACAUAGAACGUCAACAGAGAGAGACAGGAGCUGCCAUGACUACUGUCUAUAGCGAGUUCAACAGAACAUCUUCACAGAGAGAGAUGAGUUGCCAUGACAGCUGUCUACAUCCAGUACACAAAAGGUCAACAGAGAGAGACCAGUUGCCAUGACAACUGUCUACAGUCAGUACAACAGGAAUGUCUACAGAGAGUGAUUGGGGUUGGAAUGACUACUGUCUACAGCCAGAACAGUUAGGUCUACAGAGAGUGACUGAGGUUUGAAUGACUACUGUCUAUAGCCAGAACAACAGUUAUGUCUACAGAGAGUGACUGGGGUUGGAAUGACUACUGUCUACAGCCAGAACAGUUAGGGCUACAGAGAGUGACUGGGGUUGGAAUGACUACUGUCUAUAGCCAGAACAACAGUUAUGUCUACAGAGAGUGACUGUGGUUGGAAUGACUACUGUCUACAGUCAGAACAACAGUUAGGUCUACAGAGAGUGUCUGGGUAGCAAUACAACUGUCUACAUACAGCCAGAACAACAGUAACUUGGUCUACAGAGAGAUAUUUGGGUUGCCAUGACUACUUCUCUACAGCCUAAAUAACAGUAAGAUCUACAGAGAGACUGGGGUUGCUAUGAAUACUGUCUACAGUCAUUACAACAGUAAGGUGAAAAGACUAAGCAGGGGGUUGUACAACAGGUCGUCACAACUACAGUUGUGUAAGUAAUAUUUUUGAACAAAGGAGCAUAACUCCAUAAAGAGGAGAUUUAACUCUAAUUUCUAUACUUUAUUCACAUCCCCUCGUUUAAAGUGUUCAGUGUACCAGUAUCAUUUAAAUUGAUGCAGUUCUUUUAAAGGAAUAGUUUGAACAAUGUUGUGUUGACACACAAAACUCAAGUUUAAGUUUUUUAUUUCACCUUCAGUCUUACAACUCGGACAAGCAACCCGAUUCUGGUAUAACUCCCCCACCCCAACCAACUUUGUUGCCAGAGGGUAUACUAAAGACUAUAUGUGCAUCAGUACAGACAGUGCAAAAGUGAGGUCUACAGAGGCUGUCAUCAUAAGUCUACAGACCAAACGAUGAUUGUUAUGUAAAUGAUGGGGUCAUGAUGAUGAUGAUGUCAUUCUCAUGUUGUGAUGAUAAUAAUUACAGAUGAUGAGGCCAUGAUGAUUUUUUAUGUAAAUGAAGCUGUGAUGAUGAUAAGGAUGAUUAUGACGACCGAGAGUAAAUAUGAUAAUGAUGAUGAUGAAUGUGAAUAGUGUCAUUAGGACAUGAUUAUGAUGCCUGAGUUUUAAGUGAUGAUGUCAUUCCAUUGUUAAGAUAAUGAUGAUUGCCAUUAUGACAUGAUGACUGAUGAUCAUUAUGAUAAUGAUGAUGUCAUUCUCAUGUUGUUUUGAUUUUGAUGAUGAUGAUGAUGAUGAUGAUGAAGCCAGUACACUGAGGUCUACAGAGAGACUGGGGUUGUCAUGUUACACAUCUAAAGCCAGUAUACUGAGGUCUACAGAGACUGGGGUUGUCAUGUUACACGUCUAAAGCCAGUACACUGAGGUCUACAGAGACUGGGGUUGUCAUGUUACAUGUCUAAAGCCAGUACACUGAGGUCUACAGAGAGACUGGGGUUGUCAUGUAACACGUCUAAAGCCAGUACACUGAGGUCUACAGAGAGAUUGGGGUCGUCAUGUAACACAUCUAAAGCCAGUACACUGAGGUCUACAGAGAGACUGGGGUUGUCAUGUAACACGUCUAAAGUCAGUACACUGAGGUCUACAGAGAGACUGGGGUUGUCAUGUUACAUGUCUAAAGCCAGUAUACUGAGGUCUAUAGAGAGACUGGGGUUGUCAUGUUACACGUUUAAAGCCAGUACACUGAGGUCUACAGAGACUGGGGUUGUCAUGUUACACGUCUAAAGCCUACAAAGACUGGAUUAAUAGCAUUCUGACACCACAACCUUACAGUGUAUGGAUGUAAUGUAAAAUAAAUAACUUUGACAACAGAGAAUAAUUCAAAUUAUUUAUUCAAUAAUGAUGUUAUCACCAAACUUUACAGCAUCAAGCACUGACAACAUAUAUAAACAAGUAAGCCUUGUUUUCUGUUUAAUACCAUAGAAGCUGGUACUACACCAGCAUUUGGGUGGAAACAAAACAAUGAUCGGCACUGGCCACAGCGAUUGAAGUGACAAAAACAAAUACAUAUAUAUAUGUUUACUAUUUAUGUAAAUUGCAAAAAUCUUGAGUAGUGGCCGCCGACUUUGUAAAAUGAGUUUUUAUCGGGAUAACCUUGCAUCUGAUACCCAGAAAAGCAUUUUACAAAGUAAAAAGCCUGACGUUCUCAAAUUUAGGUCAGAUACUGCUUAGCAAGACCUUGUAACAUUUACCCAGUGCAUGUACCAUCUAUCUGCCUAAUGUUUUGGUUUUAUGCCAAAACCAGUAUUUGUAUUAAGAAAACAACAGGUAACUAUAUGCUUUAUGUUUCACCUUAUUACUCAUAUGCAAUAGCAUUCCACUAUCAUUUUGAGCACUUCAGUCCGACUAGGACAAAAAUUACAGAAACAAAUUUCUGCAUCUUCUGUCUAAACAUUUUAUAAUCUCUCAAAAAGAGAAUAAGUUUUAUACAUCUGUAUAAACUGUAUGAACAGAGUUUGCUGAAAAAAGUUUCUAAUACAUACAUGAAACAUAAAAAUAAAAACUGUUUCUAUACAUACAGUAAAUCAUUCAAGCUUUGUGUGUACUUUGUGAGAUAUGCCUGUGGGUUUAAUUUGUGAACACUUUAAUUGGCUAUCGUGAUGAUGCUUUUUCAAUAUCGAUAGUAAUAAUCCAUAUUGAUUUUUAUGGAUUUUUUUUUUAUUCAUUUGGUGAAGAGUGUCCUCGCAAAGUAUCAAAAAGGAAAGUGAUUUACGGUACCAGAAACAAUAAAACAAAAAAUGUUUCCUUUGCAAACAUGAAACAAUAAAACAAAAAACAGGAUCAAAACAAGAGCGAGUACAUAAUAAUCCAUAAUCCAUAAUUUAUACACAAACACAAAAUUCAUACAGGCAUGACUGCCACGGCGGAGAAAACUCCAUGUAAAAGUAAUCUAUGUAAUAAUAUACACCAUCUUUGUACAGUCAGUACCAAGUAAGCUGUUGAGAUCACAGAGCAAGUCAAAUAAUUUAGUCUACUCUACAGAACUGUAAUAUAUACAUACUCCAAACAAAGCUGCUGUCGUCCACAACUUUCUUUCAACAAUGGAUUGUGACUUUCUAGUUUUGGUCCAACACUGGAAUACGUGUACUAAGAAUAAUUUAGUACCUUGUUGUUUAUUUACAACAGACAGAAAAUAAGACUUUUAACCUAGCUAAUGGCAGAACAAGUUAUUACACCAUUGAUCACCUCUCCAGUAGGCUUCAAUUCUCAGUACCAACAAAGCCACUGAGUGACUUGUAUAUAUGCCUUUCAUACCAUUCCCCCCCCAGAUAUAAAUAUACAAACAGAAGGAACUAAAUUGUGGCUAGCACAUUUAUCAAUUAGUUAAUAAUUCCAAUACCAACAUCAAAACUUGUUCAAAAGUAUUUCCUGUUUUAACAUGCAUGUAUAUACAUGUAGAUAUAUGAAACGCACAUUCAAUUGAAAAAGGCUAAUUCCUGUUACAUGUACAUGCAAUCUUAUACCAUUUAAGGCUGUUAGAAGGGUUUUGGUUCGAUACUUUAGGUACCUAAAUAUAUCUUAUCCGUGUUCAUAAUGACUUUACACUCCCACACAAUGCUAAAGCUUUGGAAUGUUGAAUUCCACUCGGAACACUUAACUUAUAAGGAUGUCUGCUACCUGACUGAUACAUUCAUCUCCUCUACAAAGAGUUUCCCAAAAAAGAAACUUUUUCAAAAGCCUUUUAUAUAUGGUCAGUUUAUUUACAGAUGAUAUUUUUAAAAGGUAUAGAAGAAUGAAAGGAUUUAUAAUAAUCUUGCAGCUCUUAAAUCAUGAUAAUAUCAAGUUAUGUAACGGAGAGAACUAUUACACAAAUCACUAGCAUUAAGGGAGAUAACUGUUACAAAAAUCACAGGUAUCUGGUGAAGCUACCAUACAUCCUUAAACAAGAUGCUGGUUUCCUUAACAUAUCAACCUCUUUAACAAAGCACACAUUAACAGCAAUAGCUCGUUAUGUCUCGUCCUAUUUCCUUUUGAACAAAGUUUUUGGCAAUGUAUCAUGUAGAUUAUCCCAAAGAAAGACUUUGGAAUAAUCAAAUCAACCAUGAUAUAUGAAGCUGAAGAUAUUGUAUCAAAUUAAGUUCAAAUAUCUAACAUUCUAAAUGAGAUUAAUUUGUUUUGUUAAUAGGAGGUUCUUUGCUGUAACUAUCAAGCAUAUGAACACCAGUCCUGGUGUCCUGUGUGCUUUAACUGCCGAAACAAAAUUAUAAUUGAAUUUACCAAAAAAAAAUUUGUGCCACUGGUGUAAUAAUAAAAUAUAUGUUAAUCAUCAGCAAAAAGUAGACGCAGGUUUAUAUCAUAUUAUAUUGACUAAAAAUUAGAAAGCUAGAACAUUCGAAUUAUUUCAGUAAUAAAUUAUCAAUACUGUACACAAAAGAAACAAAGAAACGUUUGGUUUGAGGGCUAUGGUACAGCUGUGUGACUGAAGUAAACAUUGGAUUGUAACGUAACCAUCACAGGGACAUUCUGUAAAGGAGAGUUGUUCAAUGUAUAUCUCAACCAACAGGUCAAUUAAGGCCACUGCAUCAAUAUUGCAAAUUGUGGUAAACAGCAAUGUCCAGCUGGGAUCCUACCAAUAAGACAGAAGCUGACAUAAUGGUAACUUGUUAUAAAUUAUCAUUCUACCGAAAGAAUAACAUCAUAUGACUGAGUGAGGUUGUUUUCAUGUCGGCCCCGAUACAUUAUACAAGACUUCAAACACAAAGUCAAAUCAGGCACAUUAUACAAGAAACCAUUUAAAAAAUGAUAUGAAUCAAUUCUGAGUUUUUUUUCUUUCAAUCCAUAUGAUAUAGAAGUGAAAUGUGAAUCAAUUAUGACAAAUACAGUUUUAAUUUCAAUCCUUAUAAAAGUGGAAAUGUCCUUGUCAACACGGAAACAUUCUUAGCCAUUCCCAAAAAACUACGGAAGGAAUUUAUUUAAAUUUCAAAUAACAUUAUUUUAAAAAAUGUUGAUGAUAAUGAGUAAGGUAUACAUUGUGUAUACACUACAUUUGAAAAUGGGCCCAUCAUUUGACCUUAAACUACACCACAUAAGGUGCUCGUGUGUAAUAAAUGAAGUUGCUAUCCUAUCUAAUAGACAAUUCAGUUAAAUUUCAAUAUUUUAAAAUAUAUAUCCGUCAUUGAAAAUUGUCGUCUGAAAAAGUCUGUACAUAUUUUGUGAGAAAAAAGGAGAAAUUUGUUUAAAUUUUGAAGUGUCUAACAAAACUUGGCUGUGAAUUUAUCCAUUAAAUAUUUACAACCUACACACUAGCAUUUUUAAUCAGAUUAUUCUCGACUUCAACCCUUUCUGAUGGUAUAACCAAAUGUAGAGCAUACACAUUUUCCUCCUAAAGAAAUGCAGAUGAAGUAUGAUUCAGAGCAGAUGUAAAUCAUAUUCAAUAUUCAACAAUAUCAAUGCAACUAAUGCCAUGAUAACAUUUUAAGUCUGAGGUAACACGUAGGAAAUUUUAAUUAUUUCAUAUAUAUAUAUAAUAAAUUGUAAAAAGUUCCCCAGAGGGCCUGUAUUGCUCACCUGGAUCUUUAUGCCAAGCAAUGGUAUAUAUGGCUAAAGGAUGGAAAUCUCAACCAUUCCAAGUUAUUGCCCAGGAAUUAAGUCCCUACGGGUGGGGCCAGAACCAGGGGUUAAUUUUAAUAUCAUGGUCGUUUUUUUUCUUUGUGCCCAUCAAUUGCAUAAAUAUGAUUAUGGGUUUAUGGGGUGGGGAUCUCAACUGUCUCAAAAUCAUGACCCAAGAAUAAAGUCCCUAAAGGUUGGGCAAGACCCCAGGUUUAAUUCUAAUAUUAUGACUGUGUUUGUCUCUUUAUGCCUAGCAAUGGUCAAUGUGGUUAUGGGGCGGGGAUCUAAGUUAUUUCAAAG